AUUCAAACAUUGUGAUUCUAGGAAUAGUAAUGUGAAAGCUGUAUUGACUUUAGUCCUGGUUUAUUCAAUACUGUUUCAAUCAGUAUGACAAUAAAACAUGAUCAGUUCCAAAGUUCAGCCAUGUAAAGGGUUAACUGUUCCAGGAAGAGAACCACACAGCAGUAUCGGGUGGGGAGGAGCAUUAUUAACGUCACUUUGCUGAACUGAAACCAAAGUAGAGAGACAUACAGUAUAGUAUAUUGUGUACAGGACCAAACUCUCCAGCACCUCAGAAAUCUCUAUUAAAUAGCUAUACAUUCAGACUAUAUGCUGACUCUCCUACCCUUAGACACCACAAACAGAAAGGACAGAGAUAUCAUCCACAAAAACAUACAGAUAUGGCCACCUCCAGCAGUCUCCUGUCUGAAGAGCAGUUCCUGUGCUCUAUCUGUCUGGAUGUGUUCACUGAGCCUGUCUCUAUUCCAUGUGGACACAACUUCUGCAAGGCCUGUAUCAGUGGAUACUGGGAUACCAGUGACCUGUGCCAGUGUCCAAUGUGUAAAAAAACAUUUGAUAAGAGACCAGAUCUGUUUGUCAAUACUUUCAUUUCUGAGAUGGCUGCUCAGUUCAGGCAGACAGUUGAAGUGAAAGUUACCAGCAGCUCAGACCAAUGCCCUGCCAUAAUUGUAGAAGUGUCCUGUGACAUCUGCACUGGGAUGAAGCUCAAGGCCCUGAAGUCCUGUCUGGUGUGUCAGACCUCUUACUGUGAGACUCACCUGGAGCCUCAUCAGAGAGUCGCAGCCUUAAAGAGACACAAGCUGAUCAACCCUGUGGAGAACCUGGAAGACAGGAUGUGUAAGAAGCAUGACAGACCUCUAGAGCUGUUCUGUAGGACGGAUCAGACAUGUCUUUGUGUCUUGUGUUUGAAAACAGACCACAAGACUCAUGACAUUGUCCCUCUAGAGGAAGAGUAUGGAGAGAGGAAAGCUAAACUGGGGAAGAAUGAGGCAGAGGUUCAACAGAUGAUCCUGGAGAGACUGCAGAAGGUUCAGGAGAUCAAACACUCAGUAGAUCUCAGCAAGAAAGAUGCAGAAAGAGAGAUAUCAGACAGUGUGCAGGUCUUCACUGAUCUGGUGCGCUCCAUUGAGAGAAGCCAGGCUGAGCUCAUUGAGGUGAUUGAGGAGAAGCAGAAAGCAGCAGAGAGGCAGGCUGAAGGGCUCAUUAAAGAGCUGGAGCAGGAAAUCACUGAGCUAAAGAGGAGAAGCACUGAGCUGGAGCAGCUCUCACACACUGAGGACCACCUCCACCUCCUCCAGAGCUUUCCAUCCCUGGGCACCCCUCCACCCACCAAGGACUGGUCUGAGAUCAGUGUUCACAAUGAUCUGUGUGUGGGGACAUUGAGGAGAGCUGUAUCUCAAGUGGAGGAUACCAUUAUGAGUGAAGUUAAGAAGUUGUGUGAUGCUGAGCUGAAGAGGAUUCAGCAGUAUGCAGUGGAUGUGACUCUGGACCCUGAUACAGCACAUCCCUACCUCAUCAUGUCUGAGGAUAGAAAACAAGUGAAAGAUGGAAAUACAAAACAGGAUCUCCCUGACAACCCAAAGAGGUUUGUUACAGGUGUCUGUGUCUUAGGAAUGGAGGGCUUCUCCUCAGGGAGAUAUUACUACGAGGUGACGGUCAAGGGGAAGUCUAAGUGGGAUUUAGGAGUGGCCAGAGAGUCCAUCAACAGGAAGGGGCAUAUCACACUGAGCCCUAAGAAUGGAUACUGGACUGUCUGGCUGAGGAAUGAAAAUGAGUACAUGGCUCUCACUGACCCUAGAGUCCCCCUCUCCCUGAGAGAGAAGCCCCAGAAUGUGGGGGUGUUUGUGGAUUAUGAGGAGGGUCAGGUCUCCUUUUAUGAUGUGGAGGACAGUUCUCAUAUCUACUCUUACACUGGCUGCACCUUCACUGAUAAACUCUAUCCAUACUUCGGUCCCUGUAUGAAUGAUGGUGGUAAAAACUCUGCCCCUCUGAUCAUCUCUCCUGUCAAUCACACAGACUGAGUUUUAACCUGAAAAACUACUAAAAUGUGUGCAUUUAGAACUCUCUUCAUCUGUUGUCCUACAUCAGAGAGAAUAUUUCACUGUAAUAUUAUUACUGACAUGGUUGUUGUUUGUUGUCAUCAGCAUCAUGUCAGUCUGUUAGACAUGAUGAGUAUCCUACAGUAUGCAGCAGCAUUGUAAGGUAUAAGAACAUCUCUCAAGGCUCAUAACAAGGUAUGAUUCAUGUCUGGGAGUUACAUUUCUGAAGAAGUUCUGAUCAUGAGAUAUAAGCAUAUUUAGCU